CUAUCUCUAUCUCUAUCUCUAUCUCUAUCUCGCGGUGCAAAGUGGAAAGUCAGUAUUGUGGAAUAUGCCAUUGUUAUGUUCCUCACAGACAUUCUCAGAUUCCAAAGUCGGUCUAACAUAAAUAUUUAUACAUAAUAAUAAAUUGCUUCCACAUGCAUGGUUUCCCUUUCUCUCUCUUGUUCUGCUGCCUUUUCUUCUCUCAGGAUCCCAGAGCUGGUGUGUGGUUUUGGUUCUCAUCAAGUUUGGUUCAAUUGAGAGGUCUUGAACUCAUUGAAGUGAAGUCAUUCAUGCAAUUUGAUGGGCUCUGAUAAGCAGUCUGCUGGUUUGUUAGAUUCCCUCAAAAUGGAAAGGGUCAGGACAAUUUUGACGCAUACAUAUCCCUACCCACAUGAACACUCACGGCAUGCUGUAAUUGCUGUUGUUGUGGGUUGCCUGUUUUUUAUCUCCUCAGAUAACAUUCAUACUCUAAUAGAAAAGCUGGACAACAAUAUCAAGUGGUGGUCUAUCUAUGGCUGUUUGCUUGGCUUCUUCUAUUUCUUUUCAUCUCCGUUUUUGGGGAAGAAACUCAAACCAAACUAUUCAAAUUUCAGUAGAUGGUAUAUAGCCUGGAUUUUAGUAGCUGCUAUAUAUCAUCUUCCUAGUUUUCAGUCCAUGGGAGUGGACAUGAGGAUGAAUCUGUCACUGUUUUUGACAAUAUUUAUAUCUUCAAUUCUAUUUCUUCUUGUCUUUCAUGUUAUAUUUCUUGGCCUUUGGUAUAUUGGACUUGUUUCGCGUGUGGCUGGAAGGAGGCCAGAGAUCUUGACCAUUCUUCAAAAUUGUGCUGUUCUUAGCAUAGCUUGCUGUGUAUUCUUUAGUCACUGUGGCAAUCGUGCCAUGUUGAAAGCUAGACCCCUAGAGCGAAGAAAUUCUGGUUGGUUAUCUCUCUGGAAAAAAGAAGAGAGAAAUACAUUGCUGGCAAAGUUUCUCCGAAUGAAUGAAUUGAAAGACCAGGUCUGCUCAUCUUGGUUUGCUCCAGUUGGAUCAGCGAGUGAUUAUCCAUUGUUGUCGAAAUGGGUUAUAUAUGGGGAGUUAGCUUGUAGUGGCCCAUGUCCAGGUUCAUCGGAUGAAAUCUCUCCCAUUUACUCGUUGUGGGCUACAUUUAUUGGCCUUUACAUUGCGAACUAUGUUGUUGAAAGGUCAACUGGGUGGGCGCUUACUCACCCUUUGUCAGUUAAAGAGCAUGAAAAGCUUAAGAAGAAACAAAUGAAGCCUGAUUUUUUGGAUAUGGUUCCUUGGUAUUCAGGAACAUCAGCUGAUCUCUUUAAGACAGUUUUUGACCUUCUGGUAUCAGUAACUGUAUUUGUUGGUCGCUUUGACAUGCGCAUGAUGCAGGCAGCAAUGAGUAAGGUUGAAGAGGGAGCUCAUGAAGGAGAUCUUUAUUAUGACCAUUUAAGCGAGAAGGAAGAUUUAUGGUUUGACUUCAUGGCUGAUACUGGUGAUGGUGGGAACUCAUCUUAUACUGUUGCAUAUUUACUUGCUCAGCCUUCAAUUCGGGUCAGUAAAGGUGAUUCUGUGCUUAACCUACCACGUGGAGAUCUAUUGCUCAUUGGAGGAGAUCUUGCGUAUCCUAAUCCGUCAGCAUUUACAUAUGAAAGGCGUCUCUUUCGCCCCUUUGAAUAUGCUCUCCAACCUCCAUCAUGGUAUAAACCAGAGCAAGUAGCUGCAAAGAAGCCUGAACUACUACACCUUGGGGUGUCUGAACUGAAGCGAUAUGAAGGCCCUCAAUGCUUCAUCAUUCCAGGAAACCAUGAUUGGUUUGAUGGACUUCAUACUUUCAUGAGGUACAUAUGUCACAAAAGCUGGUUGGGUGGGUGGUUUAUGCCCCAGAAGAAGAGUUAUUUUGCUUUGCAGCUUCCAAAGAAAUGGUGGAUAUUUGGUCUGGAUCUAGCAUUACAUAAUGAUAUUGAUGUCUACCAGUUUAAGUUCUUCUCUGAACUUACAAUGAAGAAGGUUGGAGAGAAUGAUUCUGUGAUAAUUGUAACACACGAACCCAAUUGGCUUCUUGAUUGGUAUUGGAAUGAUGUCUCUGGAAAUAAUGUGUCACAUCUGAUUUGUGACUAUUUGAAAGGAAGGUGUAAGGUUCGAGUGGCUGGUGAUUUGCAUCACUAUAUGCGUCAUUCAUAUGUUCCUUCGGAUGGGCCUGCUAACGUGCAACAUCUCAUUGUAAAUGGUUGUGGUGGAGCAUUUUUGCAUCCUACCCACGUCUUUAGUGAUUUCAAGAAAUAUCACGGUACUUCAUUUGAGAGCAGAGCUGCUUAUCCUUCUUUUGAAGAUUCAAGCAGGAUUGCAUUGGGAAAUAUUUUGAAGUUCCGAAAGAAGAACUGGCAAUUCGAUUUCAUUGGUGGGAUCAUAUAUUUUGUUUUGGUAUUUUCUACGUUCCCUCAGUGUAAUCUCAAUCACAUCUUACAAGCUGAUACAUUUUCUGGUCACUUGGGGAGUUUCUUCGGCACUGUCUGGAACGCUUUUAUUUACGUGCUGGAAUACUCUUAUGUAUCCUUAGCUGGCGUUAUUAUCUUGCUAAUUGCAGCAAUUUCAUUUGUCCCGUCAAAAGUGUCUCGGAAGAAACAGGUGAUAAUUGGAGUUCUUCAUGUUUCUGCGCACUUGGCAGCAGCUUUAAUUCUUAUGUUGCUUUUGGAACUUGGUGUUGAGACAUGUAUCAGGCAUAAAUUGCUUGCAACUUCAGGCUAUCACACAUUGUAUCAGUGGUAUCGAACUGUUGAGAGUGAGCACUUUCCAGAUCCUACUGGACUUCGAGCUCGUAUAGAACAGUGGACUUUUGGACUUUAUCCAGCAUGUAUAAAGUAUCUUAUGUCUGCAUUUGAUGUUCCAGAGGUGAUGGCUGUCACCCGGAGCAAUAUUUGCAAGAAAGGAAUGGAGUCACUUUCAAGAGGGGGCGCUGUCAUAUAUUAUGCUUCUGUCUUUCUCUAUUUCUGGGUCUUCUCAACACCCGUGGUUUCUUUGGUCUUUGGUAGCUACUUGUACAUAUGUAUCAACUGGCUUCACCUACACUUUGAUGAGGCCUUCUCCUCCCUUAGAAUUGCCAAUUACAAGUCAUUUACACGAUUCCAUAUUAAUCGCGACGGUGAUCUUGAAGUUUUCACCCUUGCAGUUGAUAAGGUCCCAAAGGAAUGGAAGUUAGAUCCUCACUGGGAACAGGAGCCAAAACAAGCGCAGCAGUGGAGUCACCUUCGAAAAUUUCCUAGCAAAUGGCGUGCAGCUGCUCCUCAUCAGGACCCGCUAAGCACGGUUAGAAUUGUUGACCAUUUUGUUGUAAGACAAACAGAUAAACCAGAUUUAGAAAUCAACGGGUCCGCCAGUCCCUGAUUUGGCUUCUCUAAUUUGUAACUUAUUGGAACUUCAUUAUUUAGGAAGCAAUGGAAGGAAGGGGAAAAAAGAUUAGUAUUGUUUGGAAAUUAUAACCAUUCUAGGUUUCUGCCUUCUGCA